AUGGCCUCAUCAAUAUCGCCCACACUCCACUUGGAAUCUCCUCAAUGGCGCCAUCUCCUACGCGCCAGUCUUCGGGAAUGUACCUAUCUCCCAGAUCCGAUCGCGCGCGUCUACAUGCGAGACUAUUGCUACUCUUGUCCUGAUGGCCGUGUCGGCCGUCGGCGGCACCAGCUGCUAGCGCCAUUGAUCACCCCCGAUGCCCCGGAACUGCCCAAAGAUGAGGAGGGCUGGAAACAGCUUGUAGAGAAGUCCAGGCCGUCCUCGGAAGGCAAGACUGAACUUCCAGCGGCGAUACAAGCCCUCAUGAGAUCUCAAAUGAACAACGGGGUGGUAUCAUCCUCCAGGAUCCGUCCUCAAAUCAAAACCCUCGAGCCAGUCAUUCCAGAGAAAAAUAGCUGGGGUCGGCCGAUGCCUCAAUCUCGAGUGAAUAACAUGCUGACUCGGUGGUAUGGUCGUACUAUGGAGUGUCUCUUGCCACCUCUUCCACCGCACGAAGUCGCAACUCUAGACGGCUUGAUAACUGGAGACGUCCCUUGGAGCCCAAAGCCCCGAAGAGCAAUGCCGUCACCUACAGCAGGCGAAGAGCCACCUGAAGAAAACACCAUCUUGUCUUUCUUGGUGGAUGGCCCGCAGAAGAGCCACACUUUCGAAAAGUAUGUUGAAGGCCGACCGCACGUUAUCACUUAUCGCCUGAUGAGUAGGAUUUGGCGCCGCAUCUCGUGCCACGUGCCUCGAAUGUCCUGGGAUGAAGAAUGGUCAAAAUGGAACAUAUCUUGGGAUACACCCAAGGACCUGCCGCAGGUGGCUUUCGAGGUGCUUGAAAACGCGAAUCUCGAUGCAAUCUUCGGACAACCGUUAGAAAGUCGUACACAGAAAAGAAAAGAGCCGGCUUUGUCAUAA